GGUACCGAAGACCAAUUUUUUUCAUCCGGGCAAGUUCAAGAUGGAAGCGCAGUGAUCAAAAGCGGGGAAAAUUUCUUAAAUCCAGGAUGUCAUCUAAGCGUCCUGCUGAGGAUCAGGGUGGGGGCUCCAGCUCUGGACCCCCAGCAAAGAAAUUAUUAACCAGAUUUGAACCAGUGCGGAUUGGCACCAUUGGAAACCUUGAAGAGCUUGAUAUGAAAGUUUUGAGAUUUCAAAAUAAAAAGCUUGCUGAAAGAGUAGAACAGCGAAAGAGGGCUGAGGACGAGCUGAAGCGACGUAUUGACCAGCUGGAGAAUCGACAGAGGACAGAUGAUGCUGUGCUCAUGAUUGUCAAUCGUUACUGGAAUCAGCUUGAUGAUGAUAUAAGACUUCUUUUGCAAAGAUUUGAUGCAGAAACAGCAGAUGAAAUAGAGACUAAAAAUGAAAGUGAUGAAACAAAAGCAUUUUUGACUCUGUUAUCAACGUGGGAUAAACAAGAACUUGAGCAGAAACUUGGGCAGAGAGUGGAAUUCUCUAAGCGUGCCAUUGGAAAGUUACUGCAGGCAUUUGAUAGACUGUUACAGAGAAACGAAAAGCUCAACAAAGGCAUCCAGGAAAAGGUCAAUCAAGAGGUGGAGGGGCUGAAUCUCUCGGCAACCUCAAUCAAAAAAGAACCCAGCGAUGUUAAGAUGGAGGUGGAUGAGAAGAAGGAAGCCGAGGAAGAGGCGGGAGAAAAGUCAGUCAAGACCGAAGAGGAUAAAGAGAUCAAAACUGAGCCAGAGGAUAAAACUGAGGAAACUGAGAAAACUGAAGUCAAGAAAGAAGAAGAAAGCUCAGAAACUGAGACCAAAGUCUCAGUGAAGGAAGAGGAGCCCUCUGAAGAAAAGCCAGAAAUCCUGUCUCUCCAGGGGAUCGUAAAGGAAGAACUGGCAGAGCUUCAGCGAGAGAAUCGUCGCCUGCACAACACUGCCACCUAUCUACACCAGAGACAUCAUGAGCACACACUUGAGGUCGCUGAGUUGCAGGAUAAAUUGACAGCUGCAGAAACGGAGAUUGCGGAAUUGAAGAACAAAAUGGAUGACCUCGAGUAUUACCACGGCUGUGCCAGUCAACAGGUGGAUAAGCUGGAUAGACAUCUAAAUGAUGCCCUGCAGAAACUGAAGAGCUUUGAGGACACUACUGUGGUGCAUGACGGCUCUGGCAAAGGUGUUACAGGUGUAGCCAAAAGCAAGUUUGAUGAGAUGAUGUACGAGCUAGAAGAACAAAAAGAGCUGGCCACGAAUCGACUGACAGAGCUAGAGAAACUCAGCAAAGAUCAUCAAGAGGCUUUAACUGAGAUAGAAAAACUUAAAACCGAUCUUCAACACCUGCCAGAACAUAUAAUCGUGGACAGCACAGAGUACAAAUGCCUGCAGUCCCAGUUCUCUGUGCUGUACAAUGACAGCAUGCAGAUCCGGACACAGCUGGAUGACACCCGGAACUUACUCCAGACCAGCAAAAACACACAUCUCAGGCAUCUGGAGCAACUUGAAUGUGAUGAACUUGAGACUCAGAAAAAGCUGAGGUCAGAGUGCUUACAACUGGAAGACAAUCUGGCUCAGGUCAGGAGAGAGUAUGAAAUGCUGAGGAUCGAGUUUGAGCGAACACUGGCUCAGAAUGAACAGACAGCUCCAAUAAACCAUGAAAUGAGAAGCCUGAUCCAGAGUCUACAGAAACAUAACCAGCAGUUGAAAGCGGAGGCUAGUCGCUCCAGAAGAAGAGCUCGGGAAAUUCAGGCAGAUAUGAACAAGAUGAAGGCAGAAGGAUUCAAACCUGAGGAGAAGCCAGAACAGACCGAAAAUCCUGCAGGGGGGAGUGAUCAGGGUGAGAGUGGGGGAUCAGGAGGGGGAGGGGAGCCAGGGACCUCCACCCCCACCCAGUCAGCCCCCUCACCGCCCCACCCAGGCAUGAAGACUGAGGGGGACCUCGGGAAGGAGGAGGAGAAAGAGGAGUUUGAUUACAGAGAAAAAGGCAAAACAGACAUGGAGGUCAUCAAGGAAUUGAGAGCUCAGUUAAAACAGUCGCAGGCCAGUCAGAAGGAGCUGAAACUGUUACUGGAUAUGUACAAGAGUGCUCCAAAGGAACAGAGAGAUAAAGUCCAGUUAAUGGCUUGUGAAAAGAAAUUUCGACAAGAAAUUGAUGAACUCAAAGCUCAGAUCAAAAGAAUGCAGGAGAAUGAGAGAAAGGAGAAGAGGAAGCUUGCUGAGGAAGAUGCCAUCAAGAAGAUCAACAAAAUGGAAGAGAAAAUAUCUGAGCUGUCCAAAAACCUAGCUACACAAAAACAGAGAGAAGAAGCCUUACUGAGUGAGAUGGAAGUGACGGGUCAGGCUUUUGAGGACAUGCAGGAACAGAACAUGAGGCUUCUUCAGCAGCUGAAGGAGAAGGAUGAUGCUAAUUUUAAACUCAUGUCAGAGAGAAUAAAAGCCAACCAGAUCCAGAAGUUGCUGAGGGAGGAGAAGGAAGUUUUGGCGGACCAGGUGGCGACCCUGCAGUCUCAGGUGGAGGCCCAGAAUCUGGUUGUACGCAAGCUGGAGGAGAAAGAGCAGAUCCUGCAGAACACUGUCACCACCAUGGAGAAGGAGCUAGGGUUAACACAGCAAGCAAUGGAGAUGCACAAAAGGAAAGCGGUGGAGAGCUCGCAAACAGCGGCUGAUCUAAAACUUCACCUUGACAAAUACCAAGCCCAACUCAAAGAGGCUCAAGUCUCGGUAGCUGAAAAAACAGGCGCUCUGGAGCAGGAAUCUUUCAAAUAUAAACGCAUGCAGGAGGAGAUAGCUAAACUUCAGAGAAAGUUGGAGAGAAGCAAGAAGAUAGAGAUGGCGGGAGCUGCCGAUGAAGUACUGAUGGCAGAAAUAGCUGAGUAUAAGGAGCAGUUAACCUGUCCGUCGUGCAAAGUGAACAAGAAGGAUGCAGUACUGACAAAGUGUUUCCAUGUGUUCUGUCUGGAGUGUCUAAAGACCCGCUAUGAGACCAGACAAAGGAAGUGUCCCAAGUGUAACGGCGGAUUCGGCGCCAACGACUAUCACCGACUAUACAUCUCCUAGCAGGGCAUUCUAGCGAGUGGACGAGUUGUGUUUUAUAUGUCAAGAGUGUGGUAUCGGAGAAGAGAAGUUCGCCUCACAUCAUUAAUAUUCAAUAUUUAAAUCUGUUCAUUUUUGCCAGAAAAACUUUAACUUCUUCUCGUCUGACGGAAACAUUUUAAAAGGUGUUCCUGUGGGCACAUGAUCAUUCAUUUAUACGAUCAACAUUUUUAUUCCAUUAUCAUAUUUGUGUUUGUUUGGACUUGUGGAAAAAGAGAUGCUUCAUUUUGUAAGGAUGGGAGAUUUGAUCCGGAUUGGGAUCUGAUCUAGGAUUCUAUACGAAAGUUUUAGAUGUGUAUGUUGUGUGUGAAUUACGAAAUUUGUUUGGAAGGCAUAUUUUGAUGCCCUUGUAUUAUAAAUGUAGAUACAUGUAUAUGAAUAAAUUAAUUUUAUACAU